AUGAAGGUUUCCGCUGCCUUGGCCACCCUGGCCACCAUCUUGUCGACGGUGGUGGCGGCUCCCGCUUCCAUCCUUGAAGCCCGUCAAUAUGGGGGCGACACCUAUAAUCAGCUGAUAGACGGCACGCCCUGCCGGGACAUAACCGUCAUCUACGCUCGCGGAACUACGCAGGACGGAAACGUCGGCGACCCUGCGGCCGUCGGACCGCUCAUGUUCAACGCCCUCGCCGCCAUCGUGGGUACCGAGAGGCUGGCAAUCCAGGGCGUCACGUACGCGGCCAACAUUCUCGGCUUCAUCCUGGGCGGAGACCCCAACGGGGGCAAGGUCAUGGCGGCCCACGCAGUAACGGCAGCAUCCAACUGCCCCAACACCAAAAUCGUCCUCUCAGGCUACAGCCAGGGCGCACAGGUCGUGCACCGGGCCGCAGGCCUCUUGUCCGCGGAAGUCGCUAGCAAGGUUUCUGCUGUCCUCACUCUUGGCGACCCGUUCCAGAAACGCACCUUGGCAAAUAUUCCAGCCUCUAAGUGGAGGGUCAUCUGCCACGAGGGUGAUAACAUUUGCGCCGGUGGCAUUAUCACCAAUGAACCACACAAAAACUACCAGCUGGACGCCCAGGAUGCUGCGGCUUGGAUCGCCUCGAUGGUCGCAUAG